GCUGAUGUCAUUUCAAAACUUAACUCACACUCCCAAGUCAACGCGGAGAGUUGCUCACCUCCUCUUCUCCUGUAAAGCCUUUUCCUCAUGUGUGGCGGAACAUAUUUUUAAAAACUCGAGGAGGUGAAAUAAACGGAAGAAAAACACGAAGCUGUCUGCUAGAGGCGACGCAGAAGGAUUUUAUACUAGAAACGCGGACCAGAGCCCCUCUUUCUGCGGGAAAAAAGCGGCUGAACUUUUUUUUUUUUAAAACUGCAACCACAAAAAAAAUGAAUCGGAGCUUUAAUAAGUCGCAACCUCUGCGGAAUGUGGACUGUAACGCAGUGGAGGUGAAGAGCAAGUAUGGAGCAGAGUUCCGCCGGUUCUCGGUGGACCGGGUCAAGCCCGGCAAGUUUGAGGAGUUUUACAAACUCAUUCUGCAUAUUCACCGCAUCGCCAACAUGGAGGUAAUGAUCGGCUACGCUGAUGUCCACGGCGACCUGCUGCCGAUCAACAACGACGACAACUUCUGCAAGGCGGUGUCAACAGCUCACCCGCUGCUCAGGAUCUUUAUACAGAGACAAGAAGAGGUCGACUAUGCUAACUUUGCCACCAACACAAUAACGCGCAAGAAGAAGGCGGUGGUCGCACUGCGCAACAAUGACGUCAACCGCAAGCGGCCACACAUCCGCAUUGGCAUGCCACAGGACUUCCGGCCCGUCUCCUCUAUCAUUGAUGUGGACAUCCUACCUGAAUCUCACCGCCGUGUCCGACUGUAUCGUCACGGCUCUGACAAACCCCUGGGCUUUUACAUCCGAGAUGGAACCAGUGUCCGUGUGACACCACACGGGCUUGAGAAAGUCCCAGGCAUCUUCAUAUCUCGGCUGGUGCCGGGAGGAUUGGCGGAGAGCACUGGGCUGCUGGCAGUUAAUGAUGAGGUGCUGGAGGUGAACGGCAUUGAGGUGACUGGAAAGUCGCUAGAUCAAGUGACGGAUAUGAUGAUUGCCAACAGCCACAACUUGAUUGUGACAGUCAAGCCGGUGAACCAGCGCAAUAAUGUGGUCCGCAGUAGCAGGAUCUCUGGCAGUUCAGGCCAGUCAUCUGACAGCAGCGGGUCAACUGGUUACCCGAGUUUGUCAGUAGCCUCAGUUGGGGUGAUGUCCUCUGGAGCACAUGGGUACCAAGACGACCUGGAAAGUGAUGACGAUGCAGAUAUCGUCAUUGAGAGCAGCCUCAAGCGGCCAUCUCAGAGGUCCAAUGCUUCCCUAGCGUCCAGCUUGUCUCGCACGCAUCAGCAGACGCCAACAACCGCCUCAGGCCCGGCGGCACCUCCCAGCCCUCCCACACGUCCCUCAUCGGUGGUCUCCACUGCCUCCUUCCAUUCCCAACCAAGCCUUAACGGAGGCUCCCACCAUCACCACCACCAACACAGCAGCCUCAGCUACCAGCUCCACAGAGACCUGAACCUGCAGCACAACCCGCACCAACAGUCCCAGCACAGUCAUCAUCACCAUGUACAGCCUCCGCAUCACAGCAGCAACCCCGCCCUCCGCCACAGCAACGGCAGCCUGCACAAAAUCCUCAGCUCCCUGAAAACGGACCCACGACACAGUCUUGCACUGCCCAGGGGAGGGGUGGAGGAGGACGGCACUGUCAUUACUCUAUAAUACUUAUAAAAUUUCUGCACAGAGACAGAAACAUCCCAACUGCUCAGAGACUAAAACUGGAACACCAGGCCGGAUAAAUAUGAGCAUGAGUGUGUUUUGUCAAGAUACUAAUUUUGUAACUUCUGUUUGUUUUUACAAGAUGAUUGGUUGAUGAUUGGAAGUUGCAAACCAGGAAACAAGAAAACUUAAUGUAUAUAUUUUUUGUAUUUUUAAAAGUUCUUUUUGUCUUACAUCAAAAGAUUUGUACGUAUGUAAGUAAUAAGCAUCAGAACAAAAACUGUUUUUAGGCAAGUCCACUGUAUCCUAGAAUUCUGAAUGUGGCAACAGCCUGAUAUCUUUUGUUAGUGACCACUUUUUAUUAUGAUUCUUUUCAUUCUUAUUACUGGGACCAACUUGGGGUUUGCUUAUGGAUGUUUUUAAAGAGUAAAUCUAUAUUUCUUAUAUUCUGAUAAAUGCUGUGUAGAGUAUGAUUUUUUUUUUAAUAGUUCUUUUAUGCAUUGAUGAUUGUGAUCAAAUCCUUGUAUCUGUUCCAAUAAAUUAUUCUAAGUCUCUCAA